AUGCGCGUGUGUUUCGACACCCUCUGCUUUGGAUCGUCACAGCGCACAGCUGGUGACGAUGAGCCGAGGGGGAUAAUACAUAUAGGAGGAGGUGCGCUUACCACGGCGCCCACGGUCAACGGCGAUAGACGAGCCUUAGACGAGACGUAUAGAGAGGAACCCAACGGUAUAAUGGGGACCCCGACCGCAAUGAAUUCAGAUUCAGAGAAUUGCGUCGCUAACGCAGCGAUGUCCAACGACAUGGCGCCGUUAAUCGAGAGAAUAAGGGAAUUGGAGGCGUUGCUGAAACAACGUGAUCAAGAAAUGCUGGAUUUGCGCUCGCAACUGGAUAAACUCCAGAGCGUGUUUCCAUACCAGCAGUUUACAAGAGGUUCGCGGGCACCAAGGAAACAGAGGGCCCAGGGUAUUUCCGCUGAGCCGCAAACGAGUUCGUCGCUCCAGGAUUUGGCGCAUCAGACGUUCCCUAUCUAUGACAAGAACGAGACGUAA